CAUUAAUUUGCAUGAUAGGGUUUAUGCUAUGAUUUUCAAUCCUUACCCAAACCCUGAGCAACAAAGAAAUGCACAGUCUAGCUAAACACAAAACGCGGCAGGGUACGCAUAGUUGCUGGGAAUGCCGACGACGCAAAGUUCGUUGCCGUUUCUCAUCCUCAGAUGACCCAGCUUGUAUACCCUGCAGGAGUCGGGGCUCAGUCUGCCGAAGCCAAGAGUUGGACGAUCCGCAAGAGGCUGCGCAGCUCUCGAUCAGACAAUUGGCGCAGCGACUUAGCAGUGUCGAAGAUAUGAUGAAAAGUCUAGCGCAACAAGUUACAACGACGACCCGGUACUCGGUGCCAUCGAUCUCGACCCUGAGCGCAGAAUACGCAUAUCAGACAGACCGGACCAUGCGACAGGGUCCCACCGCGAUAUGGCCUACCAGUCCCGGUGCUCAUCCUGCCAUGAGCCAUAUAGUUGAGGUCAACAAGGCUUUAUAUGAAUCGUUCCCUUCACCUUCGGACAUCAAUGCUAUAGUCAAUAGUAGUGCUGGUCCAGGUUAUGUUACAACGCUAUUCCAUUGCCAUGCAGACAUUGUUAAAGGAAAAUCAGAACCACCAGCUGCCGUUUCUUCAAUACCAUCAGCAGAAAACAGUCCAGUAAUGUUAGCCAGGCGCCUUUUACAGCUUGCCAUCUGCAUGCAACAGCUUUCUCCGCAUUUCGACGCGAGCAGACUUUCGUUGCGUGGUUCCAUAGAGGCUAACAUGUCGUUCAUGGUGAACAAUGUCGACCAACAUGUUACCGUCAAGGACGACAUGGUGGCAAGCUUGGCUGGCCUAGAAUGUUUGCUGCUACUCGGUUACUGGCACUCUAACGCUGGGAAUUUGAGAAGAGCUUGGCUGAUUUUCAGAAGGGCGCUCAGUAUUUCUCAGCUGUUAGGUCUGGAUCGUUUGACUACUGCGGGAUCACCCGAGAUUCAUACCGGUGAAGACUCUCCAGGUGCAUUUCUUCCCUCUCCGAAGAUGUUGUAUUACAGAGCAGUCUCCAAUGACCGUCGUUUAUGUCUAUUCCUUGGCUUUGUUCCGGAUCACAAAGAUAACUCGUUUGUAUCACCGAAAGCAACAGAAAGAGACGAAGACUGGGAGAAACUAGACAAACUCCAUACAAUAAUCUCAGCAAGGGUUAUGAAUCGGACUAGCAUGGAUGCAGCACAAGCCUAUACUCACACUCGAGAGGCCAGUCUCGAUAUGCAUGAUGGAGCGGCACUUCUAGGCCAGUCUUGGUGGAAUUUGCCUAUACUUAAUCCCGAGGCUUCGCCAAUCGACCUCGCUCCACUCAUAGGCAGGCUGCUUCUCCAGAUGAACCAUCAUCUUCUCUUGAUACUUCUCCAUGUACCAUAUAUAAUCAACUCAACAGUCGAAGGCAGCGAGUACAGUAGGAGAACAUGUAUGAACUCUAGCCGCGAGGUUCUCGAAAGAUAUGUCGCUUACCGCCAGAUUAACGAUUCGAUAUUCUCAUGUCGUCACGUGGAUUAUACAGCUCUUUUGGCAGCGAUAAGUCUUCUUGUGGCUUACGUCCCUCAGCAAGCAACUGUUGCUGACCAGACCUUGGUAAUGAAAGCCGACAAAGAGCUAAUUGUGGAGGUAAAACGUCGGAUGGAACAUGUUGCGAGUCUCAACAGUGACGACGGCCUACCCAUGGAAUCUUCUGCUAUCAUUACAAAGCUUCUGCCUCUGCUGGGACCGGACCAAAAUGCAGAGACAUAUUCCGAAGAAUAUAUAUACUCAUCAAUUCAGCUAAAUGUGCCAUUCUUUGGCAGGCUUCGCAUCAACAAGCGACCCAUGAGCCAAACUGCGCGAAUAAAACCCGACACAAUCCCACUGGUGAGCUCAGAUGAGGGAGACGGUACUCGGCAGAUUGAGACACUCGAGGAACCCGGCCUACCAGCCCUACAAUUUGAGCCCCAAGACGAGCUUAUAGGAUUUGCCCCUUUGGCUGGACCCGAAGAUUGGACACUACAAGGUGUCGAUGCGGCAUACUGGUCGCUAUUUCAGAAUUAAGGAGUUAGUCUAGACACUGGUAUUUGGAGAAGAUACAUCUCCAGAGUGAAAACGUGGCUGAAGAUAAGGUAAAAGUAUUGCUAAUUUGUUGACUACAUAUAUUGUCCUAUAUGUUUAUAUAUAAAAUUGAACUAUAUGGAGAGUUUGAUAAAUGGAAGUCUGCCUUAUUGGAGAAGUGAGAAGAUAAAAACAUAGAUAAAAGAAUUGAAUGAGAUAGGAAUACAAAGAUUCCUGGUUGGCUCAGUAUGGUUG